ACAGCGCAGGGAAAGGGCUUGGAGCUGAUGCUGGCACCACAUCUCCCCAGGGCUCUACAGCCAGAUGUUGGAUAGAAAUGUCUCUGACUCACUUAAUUCUGAGGGUCUCACCCUUGCACAGCAGACUCUGGAAUUCCCCAUUCAGGGGCACAGUCUGACUUCAGAUAUUUCCUAGAGCUGUCACCUCCCUGGGGACUGGUUGCCUCAGGACUGUGGGGUUGGAAUAUGGGUCUGUCACUGCUGGGCACUGGGCACAUUUAGGGCAGGGCAACAGGGACCCAGAGUCUGUCCUACCUGAGGGCUGUUUGGAGAUGUAUGGGGAAGGAGGAAGCUGGUGUCUCAGUCUGUUUCCUAGUGGGCAGAUUCCUGUAGCCCUUCACCUAGGAACCUCCAGUCCCUCAGCACCUAGAGGCCAAGGAGUGAAGGAUUGGCUAUCGAGACUCAAUUCCACUUUUGUCCCCAGCUGGUCUCUCCGGGCCAGAGGUGAAGAACAGCAAUGGGGCCUUUCAGGGGAAGGUUGCACAGCCAUGGGCUGUGUUGCUUCUGCUCUCAGGCUGGGGGAAUUGGAGGAUUCUAACUCCAGGCCUGUUAGAGCUGAGACUCACUAGCCAGAUCUUAUCAUCUGUAAAUGAAAUAGAAUCACAUGGAAUUGUUUCUGUGCAGGUGUGAGAUGGGGCAGUUCCAGCUGCCAGAGGAGAUUUCCCCUGAACUGGAAGAACAAGUCAGCAGUUUCUCCCAGAAAAUGAUUGCGCUGUCAGAGUCUCUGAGGGAAUUCAAAGACACUCUGCCCCCUGCACUGGAGAGAGCAAGAGGAAAAUCCCUGGGAGCUUUCAGACAGGGCUGCAGAACACCCAUGUCUGUCUCCAGCUCAGCCCCUGGCCUGCAGAGCCAGGGACAGGAAAUGGCCGUGGCAGAGCCGGUGACCUUUGAGGAGGUGGCUGUGCAUUUCUCUGAGGAGGAAUGGGCUCUGCUGGAUUCAGGCCAGAGAGCCCUCUACAGGGAUGUGAUGCAGGAGAACUAUGAGGCUAUGAGCUGGCUGGGAUUUCCAGUUUCCAAAGCCCAUGUGCUCUCCUGGGUGGAGAAAGGGGAAGAGCUGUGGAUCCCAGAUCUCCAAGGCUGUGAGGAAGGGGAGAUCAUCAGUGACACCUGCACAGCAGGUGUUGGGAUGCUGAAUGAAAACAGUGAGAGGAGUCUUCGGCAGGAUGGACCUGAGCGAAUGGCUCCAUGUGGGGUAUUAGUGGGAAGAUCUGAAGGGCAUGUUUCUCAGAGUCCUGAGAAAGGAGAGACUUGUGAAAGUCAGCAUAGCCUACAAAGGCAGCCGGAAAACAUCCAGGAGUGGGACUGGGUAAAUCCAGUCCCAAGAACAGAAGGCUGAUAACAAACACAGAAACUGUUCAAAAGAAAAUCCCCCAUCAACAGUCAUCGUGCACUUGCAGUGACUAUGCAACUCCUAUUAAACAUGAAAGAGCCCAAACCGGAGAGAAACCCUUCAAAUGCUCUGAUUGUGAGAAAAGCUUCAGUUGGAGGUCACAACUUAUCAACCAUAGGAGAACCCACACAGGAGAACAGCCCUUUAGCGGUUCUGUCCGUCGGAAAGGUUUCAGUCACAACAAAAGCCUGAUUAAUCAUCAGAAAACCCACACAAGGGAGAAACCCUUCAGCUGCUCUGACUGUGGGAAAAGCUUCAGUCAGAGGUCAAAUCUUGUUGACCAUAUGCGAACGCACACAGGAGAGAAACCCUUCAUCUGCUCUGACUGUGGGAAAAGCUUCAGUCAGAGCACAAGCCUUUUUAAACACAGGAGAUCUCAUACAGGAGAGAAACCCUUCAGCUGCUCUGACUGUGGGAAAACCUUCAGUGAGAGCUCAAGCCUUCUUAGACAUUGGAGAUCUCAUACAGGAGAGAAACCCUUCAGCUGCUCUGACUGUGGGAAAAGUUUUAGUCGUAGGUCACAUCUUGUUAGACAUAGGAGAUCUCACACAGGGGAGAAACCCUUUAACUGCUCUGACUGUGGGAAAUGCUAUAGUGAGAGUUCAAGCCUUGUUGUACAUCAGAGAACCCACACAAGAGAGAAGCCCUUUAGUGAUUGAGCCCAUAGUGGUUGAGUAAAAUGUUCUCUAUGGGCAGAAUCCAGCCCACCUCGGGCUUUGAUCCUGUCCACAAGGUAGUGCCAGGCUUCACUUCCAAAUGGGCAUGUGCUGAGGGGGAAAGAGCUCAGUUCUGCCCCCUCUUCCUACAGUGUAGCCCAGUGUUUCCCAACCAGGGUUCCAUAGACCAUCGUCAGGGGUUCCAUGAGAAAUCAUGGAAUAAAUAAAUAAAAAUUUUGAAAUUCCAAAUAUCCCUCAAAAUAUCGUGGGAAUAUUUGUCCGGCUUCCCAGUAUUUCUGCUUCCCAGUAUUCUCCACAUUUCUAGUCUUUUCUAGUGCACGUUAUGAUCGUUCGCUAUUUUGUAGAUUUGUUGUCUUUGUGUAGUUUUGUAAUUAACAUUUUUACAGAAACUGUGGUUGUUUUUGUGUAUCUAAAAUCUCACCCGUGUAACAGUAUUUUCAUACGGCCGUCGAAAAUAAAAAAAAAUGUGGAAGUAUGUGAAAAGAAGGCAUGCCAGUGAAGGAGAGGACAGUGAAAAUGAAUCAAAAUUAUCAGAGCCAAGUACGAGUGAAACAGGAAGAGAAGUGACUGAUAUUAAAAAAACUCGCCUUUACAAUUACAGUUACUUGGCCAUGGGUUUUACGUGGACUGGAGAUGAAAAUUGCCCCAUUCCAUAGUGCAUUGUUUGCAGGGGAAAACUAACACAGCUAUGACCCCGGCCAAGUUAAACUGAUACUUCACUACUAAUCAUGGCUGCUUGUCAAAUAAAACAGUUGAUUACUUUCAAUGACUUUUGGAUUCACAAGGAAAACAAUGUAAAGUUUUUGAGAAGAAGGUAACUAUCAGUGAAAAGGGUCAAGAAGCAACUAUUUAGUAGCUGAGCUAGUUGCACAAAAAAAUGAAAAGUCACACUAUUGCUAAAAGCCUAAUAAUGCCUGCUUGUAAAAUAAUAGUGAGUACAAUGAUAGGCAAAGAGGCUGAAAGUGAAAUUGACAAAGUUCCUGGUUUUAAUAAUACUAUUAGUAGGCAUGUGGAUGACGUCACACAACAUUGAAGAUGUCUUGUCUGAAAUACUAAAAAAAUAUUAACUUUGGUCUCCAAGUCGACGAGUCAACAGAUGUAACAAGUAAAGCUCAGCUGUUGGCAUUUGUAUGAUUUGAAAAUGAAGGUGAAAUAAUGAAAAAAUUUUGUUUUUGUAAAGAGCUGUCAGAAACGACCAAAGGUCAAGACAUUUUCAACAUCUUGUCUUCUUAUUUGGAAUCCUGUUGUUUAUCAUGGAGCGGACAGGGUGUCUCUGCCCCUCACUGAAGCCGGCCCCUGGACCUCGGGACGGAGAGUAUGGGGAGGGACCACGUGGAGACAGGUUACGCGCCGGGAAGCCGCAGCCAGGAAAGGGCCGAGGCAAGGGCAGGCAGAGGAGCGGAGAACACUACCCACCCAACAGGGCCAGCACG